UUAUAGUUAUUUUAAUUUGAACAACAUUUAACUUUAUCUUUACUUAUUUUUGUAGGAAAUAUGUGAGUUGCUGAUGCUUAUGAGGAGGGACACUCAAGUUGUCUCUGAGUUUUACAUGGAGAAAAUUAAGUUGUUCUUAGAACAAAAACGUUCAUUUUCUUCUCCUCCUGUCCCUUUUGCUGAUGUUCCUUCUACCUCAUCCACACCUUUUUCUGAAACCCAAAGUUUUUUCAUGAAUCCUACCGUGCUGAAUACAAUCGAUGAGAUAGUUGACACGGUUAAAUGGGUUACCUCUAUUCCAAGUAUGGUGAAUGAGGUUUUUGUUGCUGAUGAGGGUAAUGUAGAUGUUUUGCAUCAGGUAAUUGAAGAUGAUGUAGUGGAUGAGGUUGAAUUGGAUCAAGUUGUUGAUGAUGUGGCAAAUAAUGUCACUGUUUUUGAAAGCCAUGGUUAUGAGAAUGUAUUGAUACAUGGCAGGGCAAAGUGUUCCAUUCCUUUUAGAGGUUUGAAUGAUAAAUUUACGUUUGUUUCACAUAUGAUGAAAUCAAGCAAAAAAUAUAUGAGAACACUUGGUUCGUUACUUCAAGAAACAGUCGACUAUUGUUUUGUUUUUGACAAAUGUUUCGACAAUAGUGAAUUGCUUGUGAAUUUUGAGGACAAUUUGAGAAUUCAAAGGGAAGAGUUUUAUACUCUAGGGGAUCCCUCAAAGUGUACUCAUGUUUCUGUUGUGGAUUGUUGGUGUUUAUUACUCAAUGAAAAUGAAAAGAACAAACAAUCUUCCAAAAAGUUCUUUUUUAAUGCUAGCUCUAGUCUUGCUUUGUUGGAUUUUAAUAAUAGUGGUGGUUCUCAACAAAUUGAUUUAAUUUAUGAUUCUUGGGUCAAAUGGGUGGAUUUCAACCAAGUUGAUUUGUCUAAGUUUGAUCUGGUAAGAUAUUUUUUUAAUGAUUGAUUUACUUAUAUAGUCACUAUUUUAGUUAUUAUAGCUACUAAUAGGUAGUUAGUACUUGUGCAGUCACUUUUUUUUAGAUAUAUUUAUUGAUUCAGUGAUAUAUAAUAUACAGAUUGUGGUUCCAAUACUGAAGGGCAGUCAGUCACUUUUGAAUAUUCAGUGAUAUAUAAUAUAGCUACUAAUAGUUAUUGAUGGUUUAUUUAGCUGGUAAAAUUGAUUUCUUUAUUCAAAUUGAGCCGAAAUAAAUUGUGCUUAGAGAUGGGCGAUAUUUAAUACGUAUUAAUGCGUAAUCGAUCAUAUGUAGUUGUUUUAUGGGUCAA